CACUGAGUACGAAUCAGCACAUGUGACGGUGCUGGGCUGAGCUUUGAGUGGCCAGAGAUGCCUACUCAGAAGGGCACGGAUGAAUUACAAGAGGGAAGAACCCUGGUAGCACAGAUGAGAGGGACGAAAAGUUGACAGGCCUGACAUGGACAUCGGAGUCGUAAUUGACACUGGACAGGGUGGGAAUUUACUUUUCAAGAGCACGUGGGAUAAAAUUGACAGGGUUCUUGCAUUGGUGUCGUUGAUUCCUCUUUCCCCACGUACAGCAUCCUAAACUCUCGACACUGCAUCGAACGCUAUCUCUCACUCUCGUCCUCCCUGUGUCCUGAAAGAAGCCCUAAAUGGUGAAAGCUACGCGUAGCAGUCCGGCUGAGCUUCGCGCGGACGAGAAAGCCAAUCACGACGAGGGCGAGUCUAGUCAAACCAAACAAGAGGAUACCUCAGAGGCGCAAUCGGCGGCGCCUCGAAAAUCGGCCGCAGCAAGCGAACCAUGUGAGCAAAGUGGCUCGCCUACAACCAGUCCCACGGACGAUGUUCUCAAAAUCAAACCCGUAAAAUCCAACGGCUCCACUUCUUGCGAGCAAGAUCAGUCAGUCCCCGGACCCCCCGCAGUGCCGAGUCGCCGAACAUCGUCCUCGUCGCAUUCACCCGUCUCAGCCUCCCCCGUUUCCCAUUCCCCUUUGCCUCACGCUCCAGGACCUCCUCAUGGUGUUGCACCUCCUUAUCCAUAUGCUCCGAUGGGUCACGAACAUUAUAUGCAUUAUCCGCCGCAACCAUGGGCGUACAGGGGCCAUGACGCGCCCCAGGGUCCGAUAUACCACGGCGAGCAUCCUCACCCACCUCCGCCGCCGCAUCUCUGGCACCCUGGGACUCAACCUCAUCCCGCUGCUCAGUCUCAUCCCGGAGCCCACCCUCAUCCUCAUUACCAUCCAGGCCCAUAUCCUGCACACCCCCCGCACCCGGACAUGGAGGCACAUUCCAGUGUCCGCCUUCCCUCCAUCCAGGCCUUGCUCACUGAGCCUUACCGUGACGGUCCGCAGGGCCAAGUGCCGAGGAUGCCGGGGUACGGUGAACGGCAGGACUGGCCUCCUUCGCAAGGUGCUCCCCCUCCCCCCGCUGCCCCUACGCCCCAGAUCGCCGCGUCAGUGCCAGACCGAUACCCCCCGGUUGUCGCUUCGCUGCCCAACGAAGAUUCACGCCCAAGAACGCCACAAGGCAUGUCUAGUCGCAAGCGCGGGCGGCUACCCAAGGAAACGACCGACUUUCUCAAGGCGUGGCUUCACAGUCACUCAGCGCAUCCGUACCCGAGUGAGAUUGAGAAAAAGCAGAUGUGCCAUGCCACGGGCUUGAGUAUGAGCCAAGUCUCGAACUGGAUGAUCAAUGGUCGCCGACGUAUUCUUGGACCGUCUUAUACGGCCAGUUCACGCUCUUCGUCACAUUCGACUCCGCCUACGGGCUCCCUCUCCUCUCAGUCUGUCGUAUUGUCUCCUCCAGCUGUCAUGCUUUCUGCAGCUCCAUCAGCUCAGAUGCUGAGCAAUCCGGCACCGCCUGCGAUGAUGCUUCGAACACCCUCAGCUGGCGGGCCGCAGCACCCAUGAUUCUUUGCUUCGCGAACUUGUACAACGGCUUUGACGGCAUGAUAAUUGAAUGGCUCCCCGUGUGUAUCUAUCUACCCGCUCUUUCACUUUGGCUUUGACUAUCGAUACUUUUGCCUCUCUCUCUAAAAUACACGCUCACCAGGAGUUUUGGCACUGGGAGUGAUUCUCAAGCUAGUUAGUUUACCUCCGCCUAGUGUCUGUCGAAGAUUGAAAUCGAAUACAAGUGGAUGCAGACAGAUGCAGACUCCACACCCCAGUCUCCACGAUCGGCGAUCGUUUCUGUCAUCGACUAACGGAGACAAAUCACCGAACGCACCUGCCUAAGUUGACAUGCAAGCAGGUC